AUGCUUUAUGCUCGAAGCCUAUGUACAAGUUUAGCCUGCGUUCUGAAAAAUAUGAAUAAACGCGAAAGAAAGAAUGCUAAAAAGGCUGCAGCUAAAGCUAUAUUGACUAAGAAACGACAAGAGAAGAAACGAUUAGCGACUGACUUUGUGCAUUACGAAAAUUCUAGCAUCAGUGACUACUACAUUGAUGGGAUAUUUAGAAAGGUUUUCCCCUACCAUUUCGUCUUCAAAGCUUAUGCAAAGGACAGGUGGAUUAAUCGUAAGCUCCGUGAUGUCCUGCAGUCUGAAUUUAAUAAUAAUUCUGAUGAAGUAAUCGCACAGAAAUGUGAAUCAGGUGAAAUCCUGGUAAAUAAUGCAAAAGUCGACCCUGACUAUGUUAUAAAUGACAGUGAUCUCCUUUCUCAAAAGGUUCAUCGCCAUGAGUGUCCUGUACUAAAUCUUCCCAUCGAGUUUGUACACGAUUCAGACGAUAUUCUAGUGGUCAAUAAACCUCCCUCCAUACCUAUUCAUCCUUGUGGCCAGUACACACUUAACAGCAUCACACACAUUUUGGCCAAGGAUUAUGGUCUUCGUCCUCUACGAUUUACCCACCGCCUUGAUAGAAUGACUUCUGGAUUACUUUUAAUCGCCAAGAACUACGACACAUCUGUACGUCUGCAAUCACAAAUUAGUAGUAAGGAGGUUGCAAAAUAUUAUAUAUGUCAUGUCGAAGGCUGUUUCCCAACCGAACCAAUCAAUCAAUGUACUGGCUUUGAGAUAAACAAUGGAGUAGUGGUUUGUAGCCAACCUGUCGGGCCUAUCAGUCGUAGAAUGGGUGUACAUGGCGUUGUACCAGAAUCAGCUGGUGGGAAGUUCGCUCGGACACAUUUCUUACGCUUAAACUACAAUCCUGUCACGAAUACAAGUCUGGUAAUAUGUCGUCUAUUCACUGGGCGUACACAUCAAAUCCGAGUACAUGUGCAGUACUUAGGUUAUCCGAUUGUUGAUGAUCCCCUAUACAAUUCAGCUGAUUGGGGUGAAUUAAAAGGGAAAGGUGCUAAUUAUGGAAUGACUCUGGAAGAAGUUGUCCAAAGAUUGAGUGAUUCUCGUAACAGGGAAAAGUACAGAAUCCAAGAGAUUAUUCCGAUCCCUAAUUCCAUCGACAUAGGGUUAAAAUUGCAUUAUUUAAACAGUCGCAGAUAAAAAUAAGAAUAUCAUAUGGAUGUGUUUAUAUGAUCAAGAUUAUCUCAACAACUUGAAUCUAGAAAGAAAAUUUUUUCAUCAGUCCUACAUAUCCUGUCGAGUUAAUUGAUGCAACAGGCUUUUGUUUAUAGUAGUACACCAUGAUGCAAUGGAAAAUUAUUAUUUGUUUUUUCUCUCUAUGAACUCUUCAUGUACACAUGCAACUUUGUCAAACCUACUUAUACGUGAUCAAUCAUUUGGCAUCAAUAAGCCAUACAUAAACAUUGUAAUUCGAAGCUGAAUAUAUAAACAUGUGCUUUGUAAAUUGAUCAUACUAUUUGUUUGCUUAUUUGUCUUAGUCUAAAACUAAAUGGCUCAGUAAAAAUCACUAGUUUGUUGUAAUGUAGCUCAUUCACCAAGUACAAAUUUGUGUACUCGGCUUUUAGUCAAACCUUAUGUGUAAGUGGUACCCAUACUCAAAAAAGCGGAGAGGGACUUGGCCCACUGUAACCUAAUGGUUGAAAUCCUAACUCCUUAAUCACUAAGCCAAUGGCCCACCAGAGUACGCAACUAACUACUUAUAUUUGAGAUUGUCAAUUAUCACUACUUUGUCAUUUAU